CCCCCCACUUCCCCCUCGCCGGUCCACCGGAGUGUCCGCACGAGACGUCAGUCCAGCCCGCACCCGGCAGCCCAAAACGGGGGCUUCGAACCCGCGGGGUCGCGAUCACAUCCCGACGCCCGAAUCGCUUCCCUACGAGUGCUUUUUUUUUUUUUUUCUCUCACGGAAAUGGUUCACCUGAAGUUUUCCCCCGGACGCGGAAAGUUUUGAGUUGCAGCCGGGAGACGCUUCAAAUGGAGAGAGGGUGAACCGGACCUUCUGGCUCGUACAAGUUCGUUAAGGAGGCGGGAAUGUCGAACCGGGACUCCCUGGGCUUCGGGGAACUGAUCCCCCAGGACGUGGUGGACAUCUUCGCCCAGGAGAAGCACGGCAAGCGCGGCCGCAAGAAGCGCAGCCGCUCGCUGCGCCGCGCCCUGGCCUGGCUCAAGCGCCGCAAGCGCAAGGACCUGAGCGCCCUGGGCCUCGGGCCGGCGCUGGACCUGGCCCUGGACGGGCAGCAGAGCGCCCACAAGGGAGCGCCCAAGUCGGGGAGACACGGCCACUCGCAAGCUGUUCCAAAGCGGGAGGACGAUGACGAGACCCCGUCACCCCCGCUGUUCCAGGAGAACGUGUUCGUCGAGGCCAGCAGGCCCAAGUAUCUGGAGAACCUUCACUCGGAGGCCCUGGAGGGAUUGAAAAUGAUGCAAGAGGAAGAAACAAACAAUGGAGUGGAGUUCCGGGACAAUGAAAGCACAGUUUCGUCAAUGACGGUCCAGACGGAUGGGGAAGGGUUUACGACGGACAGCACCAUGGGGGACACGUCUUCUGUCGUCUCUGUAAAAUCAUCUGUGUCCACAAGAUCUUCCCGCUCUGGACUCACCAGGCAAGAGUCAACAUUCAGGCCCCUGAGCUCCGAGAAAAAGACCAAGACAAGGAGAAGACACAGAAGGACUAUUGUGGGAAUCCCUCAGCAUGUUCAGAGAGAACUGGGUAUGGACCGAGUGGGUUGGUCACGGACUCAGAAGUUGGACGAGGAACAGCUCUACAACGGGGAAACUGACGACAGCUCAACCGCUGAUGGGCCAGAGCGGGCGGCAGGGUCCCAAAAGGGAGCCGGUGCCACGAACGCCGCCCGCCCCCUCAACAAAGAACAACUCAAGCAGCUCGGCGACCACGCCGGUCAUCGGGACCGCCUCGGCCCUUGGAUGGCCGGCGCCAACAGCCUCCAGCAGGCGCCGCCUAGCGCCGUCAUGUCCAUGUCACCGCAGGCCGCCUACAUGUCCAAAAUCAUUCCCAACGCCGUGCUGCCGCCCUCCAUCGAGGUGGUGGAAAUAAGCCGCGGGCAGAGUCGCAACAGCGUCCGCACCGUCAGCAAGAGCAGCCUGAUGCUGUCCAGCCCGUCCCCGUCCCGCGCCUCCUCCCGGACCUCCAACGUCACCUCCGCCUCCCGCUACAACCCCGUCAACAUGUCCGACAGCUCUUGCUGGAGCAACUCGGAGUCCUCGGAGACGCUGGUGUCCGACUCCUCCACCAUCUCCAGGAACAGCACCCCGAAUCGCAGGCGGUCAAAGGAGAGAGAGGGCCAUUUCAAAGAGGACAAAAUCAGCAUUCACUCCUCCAUCAGCAGGGCCUCAAAAUGCACGUCCAAUGGCAAGCAAACUAUUAACGGAGAGGGAGUUAAAAAAGACGGCCCGUUUGUGCGUAGCCUCUCGGUCAUGAAAUCCAAGAGGGCGCCUCCUCCUCCAAGCCGCUCCUAUUCCCUUCACAAUAAGAUGAAGAGGCGGUCACGUGACUUGGCCGAGCUGAAGAGCAACGCCGGAGAGUCCUCUAUCCAUAACCUCUCAGCCUCCGGUGAGGAAAGCAAAACAAACAAAUUGGGAUACUCCCCGGUUCCCACUAGAACCCGAGACAGCCCUGGAUACACUGCUGACACCAGUUCUCUGGAAGACUCUAUAGGUUCAGCGUCAUUCAGUCCCAUCAGAUCCCAGGUCCAGGCACUUAAGGCAGAGAGAGCUGCAAAGGUUGAAGAAACAGGGAAAUUACCUUUGGAAAAUAAGCGGAGCAAAGUAAUAUCUCCAUCCAGUGGCUACUCCAGCCAAGAUGGCGCAUCAUCUGAGGUUCCCAAGCAGUCCAACAAGAAAGGCAUCUUGGCUAAGCUUCAACGGUUUUUUCCAGGCUCCUCCCCUCUCCCGCAACCUGUCGAUAUCGUGAACGUCAGCCCUUCCGUAAGGGCCCUGAGAGAACUCUUCAACAUCCCUCCACCACCUAAAGUCCAUGCACCACCCGCCCCUCCUCCGGAGGUUUGGGCCCACAGCAAGCGCUCCUUUGAGCUUCUAUUAGGACCUCCGGCACCGGAUAACCUUGAAGCUAUCAUAAAGAAGAAUCCAAAGGACAGGAGACAGAGGCCGUCGCCUUCUACAUCUGCAGAGAGCUCUGUGAAGAGCUUAGUGAGUGAAAGAAAACACAAGAAACCAGCAGUGACCGUGGAGGCCGUUAAUAGGUCCCAGAAUGUGCUGGAAACAAAGAAAGAUCAAGAAAGUGGGAUUGUGAGUGCAGAGACGCACGUGGUGAAGAACAGAUUGGCUCAGCCAAAUGUUCAUUUGAAAGGAAACAGUAAAGUGACAGAACUAGUCGAGGAAGCACGAGUAAGUGACAUAAUAAAUGGGAUGUUGGUGAAGGCCGUAGAGAAACGUGAUGGAAGGCUGGAAGCAGUCAGAGAAGAAGAAGAAGCCAAAAAGACAUCCACGCAAACUUUAGAGGUGAAGACUCGCAUGGAUUCGUUACCUGCCAUUCUGUUAGCUCGCAUCCUUCCACCUGCCGGUUCUCCUCUUGGGAACCCUCCCCCCCCCACCACCCAACAGACCACGGUUACAUCCCCCGAGUCGUCAUGGCCCCCACCUCCUCCACCACUGGCGGGCCUCAAUGGUCCCGAUGAGAUAGAUUUGCCUCUUCCACCUCCCCCAAUGAUUGGUGAGGAGGGGAUAGUUAUACCUGUUCAGGUGCCACCGGAGAGGUCCGCUCCUGGUGGCGAUUCCUCUUGCACAACUACGUCUGUUUCAUCCGGGGUCGCACCUCCACCCACGAGUAUCCCACCUCCCCCACCAUAUACAGCGCCCCCUCCACCUCUUAAAGCAGUUUCCCCUUCUACUAUUAAAAAGGUCUCUCCUCCCCCGCCGCCACCUAACAAAGUGACUCCUCCCCCACUGCCACCUAACGAGGUGACUCCUGCCCCGCCACCACCUAAAGAGGAGGAGACCCCUCCUCCGCCACCACCACCACCACCCAACGAGGUGACUCCUCCGCCACCAAAAGUGGUGACUCUUCCACCACCACCUAAAGAGGAGACCCCUCCUCUAUCUAAAGAGGUGGCGACUCCUCCGCCACCACCACCCAACGGGGUGACUCCUCUGGCACCAAAAGUGGUGACUCUUCCACCCCCACCCGUCAAAGAGGCUUCUCCUCCCCUUGUUGUAGAUGGGGCCAUCACACUGGUUGCGGUGGUUUCAUCUUCCCCUCAGCCUCCUACAGAGGUCUCUAGUAAGCUCACACCACCACAAAGUAUUCCACCUCCUCCUCCCUUGCCGUCACAAUCCAGCUCAGAACAGGAGGUCGAUCCCCCACAGGGGAGCAUCCCUUCCCAAUCUGAAACAAGUCCAGUUUCAUCUUACAGUAUUCUCACUCCCCCUCAGAGUAUCCCCCCUCCACCUCCUACACAACCUCUCCAUCAACCUCAGGUGGGGCCACAGAACACUGAUGGUCCAGCCACCCAGGAGCACCCCCCUUUGGCACUAUCUGAAGUCUCGAUCCGACCACCUCCGGAAAACUGUCCAUGUCCAGAGUCCCAAGAACCUGCUCUUUCUCCACCUGUAAACAUUCCUUCACCUGGUCUUGCCAGCAUUAAGGAAUCGUCUAGUCCUGCAGUCACAGAAAACCAAGCCCCAGAACUGGCUUCUGAGACUGCUGUUCAGGAGGACCUCGCUGCUGAUUUAACCCCUUCACCUGAAAGCGGCGCGGAGACUCUUGAAGCUCAGAAGCCACCAGAGGUCACUUUAAGGAAGCAGCAGCCCGGCAAUCCGGUCCCAAACUCAUCUGCCAGUGGUGAGGCUCCCCAGAAGCCCAUCAGGAGGUCUCUGAUUAUUAUCAAUGCUCCAAUGCCCACAUCUUCACCACCCAGCUCGCCACCACCCACUCUCACCGCACAACCAGCUCUGCCAAAUUCCCAGUCUCUUUUGGUCCUACCGGCAUCUUCGUCUGCAGUCGUUUCCCCUACAAAAAAGUCUCCCACUGUUACGACCGGCUCCCCCUCCAUGAACCUACAGGAGGCCAUCCGCCUGCGUACCGCGGCCCGGACAAAGGCCGUCCCUUCAUCUCGCCUCAGCUUGAACUCUCCAACGUCUCCAGGAGACCUCCGCAAGUCCCCCUCCUGCACGGCGAGCUUCAUCUUCUCCAAGAGCAGCAAGGUGCCGGCGAUCGAGGCAACGGGAGCCGUAGAGAAGAAGCUGGGGGAGUCCUCUGUGACAAAGGGAGAAAAGGUGCCGCCACGCGUUGCAAAGAAGCCCAAACCGAAGGGUAACGUGACGGAGGCCAGCGAAGGGACGGAGCAAACUGCAGGACAGGACGCGCUGCAAGACAGCGUCACGGCCGCAGAUGCUGCAGAGAAGACAAAUGGGACAGCAGGUCCUGUUGAAGAGGGGACGCCAUCGACGUGAUUGUAAAGACUGAAGGAGACCGGCGGAGGAACCUGCUGCGAGUUGGCCAUUGUGUAAGAGACGAGAAACUGGAUCAUGGGAUAGAUGGGACGCUUGUAUUUGGAAAAUCCCUUGACCUUAUUGUUAAUGGUGUGGGUCUUAAUUUUCUGUAAGAGUUUACUUAAGAGUGAAUACAACAUAUUUCUGUUUGCGUUGCACGAGGUGGAAGAUAUCGCCCUCUAGUGUAAGAUUUUGAUUGUACCACUUGUGUCCUGCUGAAUCAGAGCUUUAGUCAGUACUUGUAACAAUGGGACUUUUGGGCGCUCAUCUGUAAAUAUUGCACGAUUUUGUACAUUUGUUAUCCAGGAAUGAUGGCUCAGUGCGUUUUCCCACCAAUAUGUGUCAAAAAAAAAAGAAUUAAUUUUUAACUUAUUUUUCCUGUUGUCUUGUUCAGAGGGGGGGUCUCUGCAAGCAAAAUAUAUUAUUUGAAUGUUAUUACACCCCAAUAUCAUUUAAAUCAAGUAUGGGUCAUUCCAAAUUUAUGUUCUAUCAGGGGGUCACACCUCCACCCACGAGUAUCCCACAUCGUUUAUGAUUCAAAGCCACCUCUGAGUUUAAUUACAUUAACAAUGACCAGACACGUAAAGCUAUAGACAUCCUUUUUUUGCUGCUUUUAGUUAAAUCAUUGCCUGUUCUCAGCUAUUGCUCAUUUGUGUAAAACUAUAAUAUAUAUAUUUCAAACUGGUUUCAGACACUGUAAUAAAUCACUUUAAAAUGCAAAGAAUAAAGAUUUAUGGACAGCCCA